AUAUGACGCCAGAUUGCGUUCCUGGCCCAUAGUGAUACCCGAGUGAUGUGGAGGAAGACGUCGACGUUGCUGUGUUGAUAUUAACUAGUGCUUCGGUCGCCACGAUCGCGUUUUGCCGUAAUUGCAGUUUCGUGUGUAUCCAGAGUGCUUCAACUGUUGCUCUUUUUUGUCGCCUCGAGAGGUCAAAAGUCCAACCAGUCGAUUAUAUAAUCCGAACGAUGGCCCCAAAGGAACCUUCCCCGCUGGUAAAACUGUACCUAAUCCUGUAUAAUGGGGGUCAAGUUCUAGGAUGGUCCUAUAUGUUCUACCAGCUUCUAGCGUACUACACAUUCGACAAGGGUAAUGGUCAGCCGCUGUGGGACUAUCUUGGGACCACCGUUAUCAUCUUCCAAAAUGCGGCCGUACUCGAGAUUCUGCACGCAGCGACGCGAAUCGUCCCAAGCAAUCCAGUCAUCACGACGUUCCAAGUGUUUUCGCGAGUCAUGGUCGUGUGCGGUGUCGUUAUGGCCACUCCAACUGGAAAGACAUCCCCCGGACUGCCGUUAGCCCUGCUCGCUUGGACGAUUACGGAAAUCAUCCGUUACGGCUACUAUGCUCUGAAUCUCGUCAACUCCGUGCCACAUUUUGUCAUAUUCCUCCGAUACACGACCUUCAUCGUACUCUACCCGAUUGGAGUAACGGGAGAACUGCUGUGUUUCUAUUGGGCGCAAAGCUACGUCCGAGAAUCCAAGCAGUGGAGCAUCGAAAUGCCAAAUCCCUACAACUUCACCUUCUCGUACUUCUACUUCCUGUGGCUGAUCAUGCUGCUCUACAUUCCGCUGUUCCCUCAGAUGUACCUGCACAUGUUUGCCCAGCGGAGGAAAAUUCUUGGCGGUGGAAGCAAACCGAAGGUUAAAUAAACUCCAGUAGUUUAUGUUCCCUAAUUGCACCUUUAGUUUAAGUUAAUUUCUCUUUUUGGUUUAAGGGUACUACGAGAGAUUGAUAGAACAUACUCCAAAUAAGGCUCACAAACUUGGAAGUCCAUAAACACAAGCUUAGCUAUUUAUUACCCGAAAGAAUUACAUUCCCCUAUCAGCUUCUUAAGCAACAGCAUGACUGGUGAAGGACCGUUACGACUUAAUAAAAAGCACAUUAAUGAACUCUAUAA